CGCCCUCAUGCUUGGAGCCACUUUCAUCCAUCCGAUUUAGAAUAAUAUGCAAAACGUCAAACCAUCACACUGAUGCGACCAUUCCUUCAUCCACCGACAGAACCGUUGGGUCGACUAAUAUUACCGCCUUCUUAAUCUAUAAGAGCAUGGCGAAUACGCACAUGCGAGAUGCUGCAGCCGUGGACGAAGAGCGGCGAAUGUACAGCUAUGGCAGCCUCACCGAAACCGAACUGGAUGAGAAGUAUCCAAACAGACCUCACAACCAUUCUGUUACGCCUUCUUUCUCAAUACUCUACACGACGCUUUUCAACCCUCUCAACGAUAAUCGCAGAAAACCGACGGCGCCAGUUGCUCGCAGAAAACUGGGUCCACACGGAGCCUCAAAUCUAACUCCGCAUGAAAUCCGGAGAAAUAUCAUUGAGAGCUUCAUUUCAAGAUGGAGGAAAGAGGUUGGCAACGAUAUAUACCCGGCGUUUCGGUUGGUUGUCCCCGAAAAGGACCGUGAUCGUGCCAUGUAUGGCCUGAAGGAGAAGGCCAUCGGCAAACUUCUUGUUAAGAUCCUCCGAAUCGACAAAGAUUCGCAAGAUGGCUUCAACCUCCUUAAUUGGAAACUUCCAGGUGGCCAAACCCAUGCAGCCGGCGAUUUCGCUGGUCGAUGUUAUGAAGUCAUCUCGAAAAGACCAAUGCGAACGGAGCCAGGGGAUAUGACCAUCGGCGAAGUGAACGAGAAACUCGAUAUCCUUUCCGGCAUGUCUAAAGAAGUGGAUCAAAUCAAAGUUUUUUCCGAGUUCUAUCAGCGAAUGAACCCAGAUGAGCUGAUCUGGCUGAUCCGUAUCAUCCUACGACAAAUGAAGAUCGGAGCGAGCGAGAGAACGUUCUUUGAUAUUUGGCACCCCGACGCCGAUAGCCUCUUUAAUGUGUCAUCCAGCCUCCGCAGAGUAUGUUGGGAGUUAUAUGAUCCAGUCAUCCGGCUAGAUGAGGACACCAGCGGGGUUACAUUAAUGCAAUGUUUCCAGCCCCAGUUAGCGGCCUUCCAAAUGCAUUCGUUUGAAAAGAUGGUCCAGAGAAUGAAGCCCACUGAAGCCGAUGACGUUUUCUGGAUAGAAGAGAAACUCGACGGUGAGCGGAUGCAACUGCACAUGGUCGAGGAUGAAAGCGUUCUAGGCGGAUUCCGGUUCAACUUUUGGUCCCGAAAAGCAAAGGACUAUACAUACCUCUACGGGUCCGGAUUCGAGGACGAUAACAGUUCUCUUACUCGUCACAUCAGAGACGCCUUCAAUCCUGGAGUUCGCAACGUCAUUCUUGACGGAGAGAUGAUUACGUGGGACGUCGAGCAAGAUGCAAUGGUUCCGUUUGGGACGCUGAAGACAGCGGCGAUUUCAGAACAACGCAACCCAUUCUCCGGAGGGCAACGGCCGCUUUAUCGCGUCUUUGACUGUCUAUAUCUCAAUGACAAAGCCCUGACUCUCUAUACCUUGAGAGACCGGCGCAAGGCUCUCGAGUCAAGUAUCAGUUCCAUACAUCGCCGGAUAGAAAUCCAUUCGUACAUUGAAGGAAAUAGCGCCUCUUCCAUUGAGCCCGCUCUUCGAAGAGUUGUUGCUGAAGCCUCUGAGGGCUUAGUCAUCAAGAAUCCACGCUCCCCUUACCGACUCAACGAACGUAAUGAUGACUGGAUCAAGGUCAAGCCGGAAUACAUGUCAGAAUUCGGAGAGGAAUUGGAUUGUGUGGUCAUUGGUGGCUACUAUGGCUCAGGGCACCGAGGCGGGAAUCUCGCCAGUUUUCUGUGUGGUUUAAGGGUCGACCAAAAUCACGUUGCACGCGGCUCGAACGAACAGAAGUGUUACUCCUUUUUCAAGGUCGGCGGCGGUUUCUGCGCAGCUGACUACGCCGAGAUUCGACACAGGACGGACAACAAAUGGAUCAAGUGGGAUCCAAAAAAGCCUCCAUCGGACUGGAUUGAGUUAGGCGGUGGCGACAAGCAAUAUGAACGUCCCGAUGUUUGGAUUAAACCCGAAGAUUCCAUUGUGGUUUCUGUCAAAGCCGCAUCGGUCGGAACCACGGAUCAGUUUAAGAUGGGGUUGACUUUGCGGUUCCCACGCUUUAAACGCUUGAGGCCUGAUAAAUAUUGGAAGGAUGCACUGAGUGUGAUGGGAUUCAUGCAACUGAAAUCGAAUGCGGAAAAGCAGCAUAAAGAGAAUGAGUUUCAACUCGACAACGAGCGUCGGAAAAAGAGGAUGACGAUCAAACGUCCAAAGAAACGGCCAUUACAAGUUCUUGGGGCCAACGACGAGGUCUCUACACCAUAUGCCGCUCUGAGUACCAAGGUCUUUGAGGGACUUUCCUUCUUCAUCAUGUCGGAGUCUCUGGCUCCGGAGAAAAAGAGCAAGGCAGAGCUCGAGGAUAUGGUGAAAGUUCACGGGGGUUCCAUCGUUCAGACUCAGACCGCCUCCCGCGACGUCAUAUGCAUUUCUGACCGCGAAGUCCUCAAGGCUCGAUCGAUAAAGAAGUCGGCAGACAGAAGUAUCAUUCGGCCUAUCUGGCUCUUCGAUUGCAUCAAGCAGGCUCAAGCGGAUGUUGGGCGUCCACGGUAUCUCAUCCCGUACGAGGAGCAACAUAUGUACUUCUCCACGCACGAUGACCAGGCUGUGGUGGAUUCCACUACCGACGAAUUCGGUGACAGCUACGCCCGCGACGUCGACCUCGGCGAAUUACGGGGGAUCUUAGCAAAGUUCCCUAAGUCGGAAGACAAGCAUCAGCAUGCCAAAGCGAUGGAGAUUGUGGACCAUUUGGAAGACCAUGGCCUGGACCUAAGCGAUCGUUUCAUAUUUCAGGGGUCAGUUCUCUAUCUUGAUUUUGGAGACGGUGCUGCCAAAACCCCCGAAUUCACUGCUGCAAUCGAUGAACUGCAGGCGGUAGGACGAAAGGCGAGGUUUGUAGGAGGUACACUUUCGAACUCACUGGAUGAGAGUGUUACUCAGGUUGUCGUUGGUCGUGAUCGAUCGCACUUGCAUCAGCUCCGUCAAAAGGUCUCGCAAAUGUCACCGAUCCCAAAGAUCGUCGAUGCCGCAUGGAUCAUUGAAAGCUACCAAGAGCGGACUCUCCUUGACGAAGAUCGCUUUAUUGCACGAUGAACAUCGAAAAAGGUACUGAUAUUUAUACCUGCUUCGUACCGGGUCGUUAGACGCAAGUUUAGGCACCCUCCAGCAUUCGAGUUAGACGUACGGCUCUCCACCGACGAUGAGACGGGAUAUUCUUGAAUAACAUGCAUCCCUUUCGUCCAAUGAGUAGCCUGCAGAAGACGGCUUGCGCCUCCCAUGCGACGAUCCCCAGAUUGAUGGUGCCACGCUUUCGGAAUGAGUAUGCAGUCAGUUCUCUAGCAUCGACCCAUGACGUAACACAU